UCCUCCACAACGCGUGGGUGAAAGCAGAAGGCAGAUGAGAGGAGAAGAGAAGAGGGAACCGCAGCUGCCCUGCCGGGAAUGAAGGCGCAAGAAUGCCCUGUGAGACGGUGUGGAGGACCCGCCACACUUACGCACGCGAGAAGAAGUGAUUUCGGUUCGGAUCUCGGCGUGGAGAGUCAUCUUCUUGGCUGAGGGAGAGAAGAGUUUGCAUCAGAGCUAGUCUCCGUUAAGCCGCAGAGAUGAGACGGAACUUUUCUUCAAGUUGGAUAGCCCGAGGCUGGAUAACAUGCGUCCUCGUCACCUUUUACGCACAGCACGUGGUCUCCAAAUCUCUCCAGUGUGACGAAAAACAUUACUUAAGAAACUCCAGAUGCUGCAAGAAGUGUGGACCAGGCUUCCGUGUGUUCUCCGACUGCACCGAUUCAGACGAGACUAAGUGUUUAAAAUGUAACCGUGGUGAAUACCAGCCCGGCUGGACUGACAAGAUGCGCUGUCUUCAGCAGAAGUUCUGUGACCCAGUGAAGGGUUUCAUGGAGAGGCCUGAGAACCCUGUGGCGGAGGAGCCGUGUCGCUGCGUUCCCGGCCUCCAGUGCUACCCCAUCAACUGUGAGUACUGUGAGAGGAUUCCCGCCUGCAGUGCUGGAUAUGGGCUGGAGGUGGACCCUGAGUCGACUAACGGAAGGAAGAUCUGUGUUGCAUGCAAGAAAGGCUUCUUCUCUGCUGACAACAGCGCCGAACCAUGCAAACAAUGGACUAACUGUAAGGCUGAGGGCCGGAGUGAAACGAAGCCGGGCAGCGCUCGGGCUGACGCAGCGUGCGGACCGCCUGUCUCUGGUGCAGCACCCUCCUGGGUCGUCGUGUCAGUGCUGUCAGUCAUCACCGUUCUGUGUCUCCUCAUCCUGCUCCUCUUCUGCUACAAGGACAAGCUGAAAUUACUCUCUGUAAAUCUGCGAUCCUGUGUUCAGAAUCUGAAGAGGACCAGGAUACAACAGGAGACCUUGGCCCCUCUCUACCACAGUGGAGCAGGAGGAGGAAUAGGAGGAGGCCCUGGAGGCCCCAAAUGUACACCAUGUGAGACCACCAAACUCAUCUGCCAAGCGCCCCACAGCCCCGCUGAUGAGCCCCCAUGCACGUUCCCCACCUCUGUUCCCGGUGUCAAGGUCUCGCUGCCCCUAACAGGGGAGAUGACAGAGGAACAGGAGACCAAGGGGAAGACAGUGAUGGAGGAUCAGAGCGAGGGGUCUGGAGAACCUGAGGAGGUGUCGGAAGAAGAGGAGAUCGUGAGCGCGUCUCCUCUUUUGGCAGGUUCUUGUGUGUGUGUCAUCCCCGUCCGAGAGCCACUGGAAGUAGGGGAGAAUGAGGACUGCAGCCAGGCCGUCAGCCCUGGGACUCCAGGAACCUGCUCAUGUGGCGGGCUUGAUGGAGAUGAAAGCGGGAAGGUGGAGAAAAGUGAGAGCGUAAGGGCGGACAAUGGAGAAAAGGGGGACAGACAUCAAGAAAAAAUGGUUUUGGCCAAGAGUGAGACAGGCCUCGCGUCCCUUGUCUCUCUUUCACCGCCACUCCUCCACUCCUCCUCUGAUAUCCCCCCAUCCAGUCCACUUCCUGAACUCUGCCUGCCGUUGUCCCAGGCCCAGGUGAGACCAGAGUUCAAGCCUCACCUGGCUGACAGGUCAUUUGUAAAGCAGGAGGGAUUAUACAGACUGGCGAGCACAGACUCCACCUCAAAAGAGAACAGCACAACCUCUGCGAUGACCUCGGUCAGCCCCUUGAUGACUUCCUCCUCUGUUGGAGAUCUCUACCUGGACAAGGCCCCUGAGGCCUCGAGCCCGGAGCAAGGCCAGGCACUUUCCUGGGGGGAUAGCAGGGGAAACAAGCUCUCUUCUGUGGAGUCAGAACUGGAGUGCACGCCCGAGAGCCUCCAUAGUCAGCUGGCUGAACCAACUCUUACCUCAGGUCAGGUGUCUGGGAGCCACAACACCACCUUCAUCUCUAGCGGCCAGGUGAUGAACUUCAGCGGCGACGUCAUCGUCGUCUACGUCAGCCAGACGUCCGUGGGCAGCGACGGGGCGGGGCAGGACGACGCCUUCGGGAGCCCUGUCCAGGAAGAGGCCAACGAGACGGCCCCGUUCUUCCAGAGCUGCCUGAGGUCACGAGGGGACUCCAUUUCCCAGGACUACUUGCAGGACGAGACACUGCCGGUGCAGGAAGCGAUGGAGGAGCGGCCAGCGGGAAAAUGAGAUGUGACCAGCGGCUGCUUCGUCGUCAGUGCAGAGAUCAUCUCUGUAACCACCCGUGAUCAUUCCUGGUGGUUACUUCAUCUUCAAUUAAAUUACAAAUAACAGGAAAAAAAACACAAUCUGAUAACCACAUCAGCUUUCUGUACAAGAACAAGGAAGGCUUUUAAUUUAAUGAUGGACUGCAAUCUUUCCAUUUUACACAUUAGUGACUGAAUCUUGUCUCCUGCAUCUCCAAAGUGCCUUUUUUCAUUUUCCGGUGGAAAGCUGCAGGCCUUUUCAAAUGGAAACUCCCUCCAUUCCAGACACUGAUGGGGAAUUUUGUUGGGAAUUGGAUGUGGAACUAGAGUUCAGACUGGAAGAACGUCAUGUUUUUAUUCCUGUAUGGAAAUUGCAGCUGGGUCUUGAUACAAAGGAGUUACUAUCUUUUUUAUUUCCCACCGUUCAUCAUUGAAUGGCGCAGGUUAAAGUCUGCCGAAUCCGAGCUUUUAACUGUUCUAAAUUUGACAUUUGGAGGGCUUCCUUACACAACGAAAUGUGCCCCAUGUGGAAAUAAUUGUGUUUGCCCGAAAAAUCAAGCCGUGAAAGUAAAUAUUUUUAUGGUAGAAAAUUCAAUCGAUUUGCUGCAUUAAAAUCUGGCAGGGUAGAAUCAGAGUUUGUAGAAAAAGAUAUAUAUAUAGUCAUGAAUUGAAGGCAUUUCACUGAGUGAAUUUUCCUUUUUUUCUGGUUUGCAGGGUUUAACAAAAGCUAUUUUAGAGACGCACUCAGUUUUGGUACAAUGCUUGUUUAUCCUGUAUGUAGACUUUUUUUAUUCUCUUCUUAUUGCACCACAAGUGCAGUUUGUGUCUAUAAGAAAAAAAAUGCUAUGCAUUUGAUAAGCUAUUUUAUUACUGGUUUGUUUUGUUUCAUUAUGUAUUAAUGUGCAAGCCUUAAUGAAGAAAAGUAAAAUGUCAACCUGUUUAUAUUUAGUUUUAAUUAAUUUUACAAAGUAGAUGUCUAUGUGUCCUCUCAGAGGACGCACAUGUGAUCAACGCUUGUAUAUAUUUCAAACGAAGCUUGAUGUAUUGGCGACGACCAGAAUGAAUAUUCUCUUUUUGCUUUCUCUCAUUUGAUUUGAGGUGUGGAAGUGUUAAGUGGAGCCGUCGACAGCAGGCAAAACACAGACUAUAGCUGGAGUUAAAAGGGACUGUUCAAUAUAUUAUGUAUGCACCCUUUCAAUAAUUUUUGUACAUAUCAAUCAAACAAUUGCAAUG